GAAUUUUGAAAUCGUUGACCAACGUUUUCGUGAAUGUCAUGCUGUUGUUUGUUCUAAAGCAAAUAUUAUUUUAUUACAAAUAAUUGUGUAUCAGCGUCUUUAAAAUAAAGUGCUAAUUUGAUUCCUUGUAAGUGACACAGUCGCAGGAGUUUCAAUUUGUUUGUGGAAAGUUAGAAGAGUUAUUGUUUACUGAGUUUACGCCGGGCCAGCUGGUAACAACCUAUUUCGCCGCAUCAUGUCUCGGGAAAUCUAUUAUUCUGAAAAGUACUACGAUGAGGAGCAUGAAUAUAGACAUGUAGUACUGCCAAAAGAGAUGGUGAAGCUCGUUCCCAAGAACCACCUGAUGUCUGAACAGGAGUGGCGAGGCAUCGGAGUGCAACAGAGCCAGGGCUGGGUUCACUACAUGACGCAUCAACCUGAACCCCAUAUCCUGUUGUUCAGAAGAAAGAUCACCACUCCACCGGAGAAGAAGUGCUAAUCCACAGGUUGUGCUGUACAGUUCUCUCACAUUCCUGAGAUUUAGUUGUAAUCUAGACUAUACCUACUAUUAGCGUUCAUACAACGAUAUUUUAAUAUAAACUAGAUGGUGUGUCGGUCCUCCAAUCCACACUAGGCCAGCGUGGUGGACUAGGCCUAAACCCUUCCUUCAUUGGAAGGAGACCCGUGCCCCAGCAGUGGGGACGUAAUGGGUUGUGAUUGACUGAUUGAGAUGGAAUGUCAGUGCAAAAGAAAUGUCUCAACAAAUAACACCGUGCUGCGACUACUAAGCUCUUAUUUUGAAUAACUUCAGUUAGAAGAUUUUGUGACUAUGCAUUGGUACAAUGGUUGUUAUUUGGUUGAACAUAAAAUGGUUUGACAAAAUGUGGACAGCUUUUUGCUUUGUAUGUGACACACCAUCUUGUUUGUAUAUCGUUAAUCUAAGGGUUCAUAGCAAAAAUUCCCACAGUUCUCACCGGGUUCAAUGGCAAAUUUAUAAGAUAAAAAAAAAUAAACAUUGAUGAAAAGAAUAGAUAUCAUCAUAAUGUCACAUCAGAUUGGAGACAACUAUCCACUUUAUUAGAAAACAUAGCUUAAACAUGGUUCUGGUUUUUGGUUAGGACAAACAACUAUUACCCAUACUUCUAGUCUAUGUUUUAUAAUAGAGGGGUUGUUUCUAGUAUACCACUAAGCACAAAAUGUAAUAUGAGCUAUAGAAAUUAUGUAUUCUCUAUUUUGUAUAUUCGUCAGUAAGAUCUCAUUAUGUAGUAUUGAUUUUUAAUGGCCAAUAUAAUAGAACACCUCUCAAUCUGAAUAAUAAUCACUAAUUACAUAUCUUUAAACUAUCACAGUAGAAUACCAGAAUUAGAUUUACCAGUGUUACUAAAUCCUAUUGUCUUCAGAGUCAUUUAUAUCAUACCUUCUAAUCAAAUUUUAUUAAAUUUAUAGGCAACUAAGUGAUAUGAUGUGAUGAUAAUUCAAUUUAAGUGCCUUUUAUCACCUAUUAAUGAUAAUAUUAUGCUAUGAACUUCUAGGUGUGGGGUUCCAUUACAUGUUUAAUUGUAAUCUGUAAGUUAAUUUGAUAAUUGUUAGUCAUUAAUUUUUAAGUUUUUUAACUGCAGCAUAGAAUUUUCAAUUAAAAUUUCAGUAAAUACUUUUGUUUGUGCAGUGCAUGAAUAUUUUAAGUACCUUUGUGUGCUCUUUUAACAUUAUUUUGUCAGAAUACUUUGUAAAUAUGGAUGUUGGUAUUGUUCAAUCAGCAUUUUAACUAAUAAUUUGUAAUAGAUUUUGGCCAUUUGUCUGAUAAUGAAUGAUUAGAUAAAUGUAUAAAAUUCAAUAAAUUAUUUGGUGCUAUGUUA